GUGCGGUGGUGCGUGCCUUGAGGCUGGUUGGUUGACACACAUAAUAAGUACUUACACGCAAUGCAAGUCACUGGCUUCACACAUCGAUCUCAGAGCCACGCAGGCAUAGCUGUCACCUGGCACCCAUCCAUCCUGUGAUAUCAAAAACAUCACCUAAAUGCCGCCCGUCAGUCUUUCUCGCUCUCAUUCACUCAUUCAGGCCGGGAAGGGAAGCUACAGAGAAGGAAAGAACGAACGGCGCAUUGCAAUGCGUGCAUUGACUACGGACAAGGAGGGAGGGAGGGUGGAAGGAAAACUCACUCACCGCGACCCGUGCCAAGUAAGAGUCAGCACGCCUCAUGCAAUCGAAUCAACCAACAGCUGGGCCCUCUCCUCUCACACACCCAGUGAGUCGAUCGGGAUCACGCUCGUCCACCAGAUGUUUGCGCACCCGCCCGACGAAGGGCAGCUGCGCGAGCGUCUCGAAGACAAACUCGAUCACCUACCACCCAGCAGGAGGGAGAGGGCACGCGAGCCACGAGCAAAAGGGGUGAAACCGCCAGGUAUGAAACAAGCAAGCAUAGAGGGAGGGAGGUCAUUCCGGAGUUGCACAAAUAGCCGACAAAACAUUGUGUGCCCACGAGGGACGGGGGGAAAGGAAUCGAAUCAAGCCAAGAGAGUCCAUGGACGGAGGGAAUGGGCGAGAGAGACAGCAGCCAGCCAGCAGGUACGGUACGGUACGGUACGAUAGCCCGACAGCCCCCCUUUACAAAAAAAGGAACUCAAAGUCAAAGAAGCCCCCAAAACAACACCCCGCCCAGCCAGUAAGCAAUGCCCCUCCCCUCCUUGCCCUCCCCGCCCUCCUUGCCCUCCCCGCCCUCCCCUACCCCCCCUCCACCUCUGUUGCGUCAUGCUCACACCCCUCAGAUAUGCACGACCGCACACCGUCAUCAUUGUCCCCUCCUCCAACGGAACCCCGACCGUUCAGCAGCAGCCCCUCCUCACCCGUACACACCGUCGCACCAGGUAACGCCAUAUGCGCCCGAUGUUCGUGGUCAUCGUCCGCUGACGCCGAUGCAGCUGCAGUAGCUGCAGUAGCUGUUGCUGCUGCAGCUGCCUGUGCGCGGUGGGAAGGGCCGCCCACACCGACAUCGGUGAUGCGGGCGUGCAUCCCCAUGCCCAGGUCAAUGGCGGAGGGCUCGUUGGGGGGAAUGGUGGCGCCCGUCGAUGCGGCGUCGUAUGCGUCCGUGGCGAUGUUGCUCGUCUGCACACUGAUAGCCGACAGGGCGUCGACAGAUGCCGGCACCGAGGGGAGGUUGACGCGCAUAGAGGUUGGCGACCGGCCGCUGGUCGACGCGACGGCAGCCCUCUCGCCCACAGCCACCAGGGCGCUCCCGCUGCCCCCGUCCUCAUAGCUGUUGGAAUGGGCGUAAACAGGCAGAGCCACGUGCGCCGAGCUCAGCUCCACCUCUCCAUAAGCGUCGGCGGGGAACCGUGUGCCCUCUGACGGCGGCCCACCCGGCGGCAGCACCCCAGACACCGAGAAAGACACCUCACCGUCAUCUGCCGGCACGUCCGACCGCGGCAUGUCCCCUCCGUCCCCUCCCUCCGUCACCGAAUGCACCGUCAGCGCCAGGUGCGUGUGGAUCGACUCGGGCGGGUCAUGCGCACCCGUCACGGGCGACUCGAUGACCGGCGAGGGCGGGUCCCUCUGCGUCACUUCUGAGGGCGGCCCGGGGGGGCCCGAGGGCGCCGAGCUGACAGAGAGGGCGUCUGUGCCGAUGGAGAGGGAGAGGGACGGCGGGGGGCGGGGCAUGCGCAGGCAGAACGAGACGAAGUCGAGGACCCGCCUGGCGUACUCGCGCCGGAACCUGACCUCGAUGUCGUUGUGCUCUGCGUUGGGCACCCACCAUGGCCUGAUGGACUUGCUACCCGCGGCCUCGUGCAGCAGUCGGCCGUGGUGGAAGGGCACCUCCCUGUCACAGGUGCCGUGGAUGACCAGCACGUUGCACCGGAUCCGCUUGAGCUUCUCCACAUUGCGGUAGAGGUCGAACCAGGGGCCGCGCUUGAGCGGGCGAAAGAUGCGCAGCCCGCUGGCAAUGGCCGAGUGCAGAAUGAGGCCGGCCACGGGGCACUUGGGGUCGGCAGCAAGGUCGCAUGAGGGGCCGGAGCCAACCGACUGGCCGUAGAGGAUGAUCAGGGAGGGCGCCACGCUGAGGUCCUCGGUGGCGUAGCGGUAUGCGAGCCGGAUGUCCCUGUAAGUGGACUUCUCGGAUGGGAGAGGCGCGGCAGAGAGGCCGUACCCGCUGUACUCGUACGCCAGGAUGUUGGCCUUGACGUUCUUGGACAAAUUGAACAAGUUGGGCUGACGUCAGUCAACACACAGCACACAGCAAAGUACACACACACAGAGAUACAUGGCGCCUCUCUCUCUCUCUCCCUCCCUCUCCCCCUUGUGUGUGUCCCUGUCCUCACCGUCAUGAAGCCGAUAUCAGUCGAAUUGCCGUGCGAGAAGAUGAUGAGCGGCGUGUUCUGGAUGUCCCUCUGCGUGUGCCUGAAGAGGAAGGCCGGUAUCCUGUGCCGCCCCUUGCCCAGCCACACGUGGUGCAGCUGCACCUUGGGCGCGUCCGACAGCGACAGACCCCGUAUGUCAAUGCGGUUGACCCCAUGCACCAGGUACACGACGUCAUCGUCGCCGUCCUUCUCCACUGCAUAGCCCUCCGGCCUGGGGGGGAAGUAUGCGAGGCGUCGGAUGAUGCGGUUUCGGCAUCCCGUGACUGUGAGGCAUCCGAGGCAGCAAAGCAGCCCACUGGACAUGGGCUCGGGGGGAUGGCCGAGGGAGAGGCCGUCGUCCUGCUCGACCACCGCUGCCUCCUCCAGCCGCUGCCGCGGUAAGGAUGCUGGGUCCAAUGUACGGCGGGUGACGUAGGCCUACCGAAAGAAAAAAGUCACCUAGGUCACAAGAGUUCGGUGGGUGCAAAGGCAACUUCCUUACGUGAGUCACAGGGAUAAGCGCCAGGAAGAGCCGUCAGGGAGAUGAUGGUCUUCGGUAUUGGUGCUCAGAUCUGCAGACAGAGACAAGGACACAGCCAUUGGGCGUUCCCAUGCCUUGACGCCCCUCAGAAGGCUCUCUGCAGGGCAUUCACAGGGUUUUUCCCCUUCUUUCGCCCACACCCUGAAUGCCCUGAGGCUUCACCUUUCGCCUGUCAACCUUGAAUCUCCCCUGAUGCUUCGGUUCGGUAUGCAACUCCUGUGGGCGAAAAGGUGGAGAAAACACCAAACCAGCAGAGUGCUGAUCGAUUUGCAGGCACAGACAGCCUGGCAUUGUGACCCACCUGGGACAGUUCCUUCUUGCAGCCUUCACGUAUGGAGGAAACGG